AUGAAAACUUGGCAUAUACAGUAGUAAUUAUCCUAUGUGUAUAUUUGAUUGUGAAUAUAAGUGUAUAAUGCAAAAUUAAGGAUAUAUUAUAAAGUUUUGAUUGUUUGACAGUACUAUGUACUCUGUUGCUGAUUUAGAAGUUAUAAAAGCAAGAUUUAACAACAAUGAACCAUCAACAGAUGGUAUUGUAACAACAACAGUAUUUCAAACUGUUAAUGGAGAUUUCAGCAAAUGGAAGGAACAGAAAGAUGUGGAUGUUUGUGAACUAACGAAGCAGAUACGUGAGCACGCCAUCGCAGAAAACCUUGCCAAGAAGCUGAAACAGCCAGAAAGCCAACAAAACACAACUAAUUCUGCAUCAUCUAGUUCUACAGCCGCUUCAUCGAAGCCAUCAGAAGCAACUAGAAGUACAAGCUAUACCAAACUUCCAGACGAAGGAAUUCAUAAGAAACUUGUUGCUAAACUUGCUGUACAUAGCAGUUUCCAUCCACCUACCCUAUUUGGCCAACCAUUUUCAAGAGCCAUACAUCGAAGAGCCAGAUUUGGUCAACCACUUCAAACAGCAGAUGUACUUAGCAGAAAUGCUAUUCAACAACACAAAGAGAGUUUUAUACCAAGUGAUGUCACAUGCAUUUGGGACUAUGCCGGUCAACUGACCUAUUAUAUAUCUCAUAGGUUUUUCCUGACAGAUGGAUCAUCAUACUGUGUUGUGUUCAGUGUGUUAGAUGAUUUGGAUGCUCUGGCAAACCCAAGAGAUUCACUGCAAGGACAAUUUGAAAUGACAAAUCUUCAAAUGAAUGUAUUUUGGAUGCGGUCUAUAUACGAACACGCUGUACUACUCUAUCAUGGAAGAACACAGUUAAUCAACGGCAUAUCCUCACCCACGAUCAGUUUAGUUGCCACACACAAAGACAAACUAUUGGGAACUGAGUCAGAAAAGGACAAGCUGAUCACAACCAAGUUCAAAAGAAUAUUUGAUGAAGUCAAAGGAACACCAUACGAAAGUCAUGUGGAUCGCGAGAUGUAUGUUGUAGAUAACACUGUGCGUAUGGAUGAAGGGAUUAAGAAAUUGAAGAAGAAUUUCGGGGGAUACAUGAAGGCAAUGGCAAAACCUAUUCCCACUAGCUGGGUUGAUUUCCAGUCCAAAUUACAAGAUGUUGGAAAAACAAGACUCCAUGUUUUCAUACAUAUGCUUUCAUAUAACAGUGGAGUUGAAUAG